CACCCCCCCUAUGUCACCAUGGUGGCCGCCGCGAUCAAGGCCCUGAAGGAGCGCACGGGCUCCUCCUCCAAGGCCAUCGGCAAGUACAUCGGCACCAACUACAAGGUGCCUGCCGGCUUUGAGAAGACCCUCAGCCAGCAGCUGAAGCGGCUGGCAGCCUCUGGCAAGCUGGUGAAGGUCAAGGCCAGCUUCAAGCUGAGCGAGGCCCUGAAGGUGAGGCGGACU